CAGGGGUCGGGGUAGAUUGGGAAGCCACACAGUCCUCAUCCCGUGGUGCUGGUGUCUCCUGGGGGCUGCAUUACCCACCCCUGCACUCUUGCUAUUUUCCACUUGUGCCUCGUGAUUCCUCUUGUUCCGUCUGAAGGCCUGGGCCGUGGGGGCUGCAAGGCAGUGCCAGCUCCUCACCUCUCAGCUGAGCUCUGAAUGCACCUCCGGGUUUUGGGGCCAAGCUUGAGGAUGUGACCCAAGGGCUUCCUUGAGAGUGCAGGGAGCAGAAGGCAACCAGGAUGAGCCCCUUGCGUACUGCUGAAUCCUGUCAUUUCUCAGGGCUGGGCUCAAGCGUUCGGUGCCUGCAGUACGGAAGCGGUGAAGACAGAUGCCGCCAGGGUUUUUUUGUCUUCUAGCAGAUCCUUCCGGCUUCCUGGGAACACCUUGGCCUGCAGCCCUUUGGCUGAAAGUGUUCCAGUUCAAGGUCAUGUUCCCCCCCCCAACCGGACGGAUUAGCGAAAUGAGCUGGGAGCCAGGAGUCUGGGAUGUUCUUUCCAACUGCUGCUGGGCUGGUACAGCACCUCUCGUCCUCCUGGCACAAAGCAUUUCAUGUCUCCCAGCCCUCCUCGUGUGGGAGGCAAAAGUCACUACCCCUGUAUUAUUGUUUCAAAAGCAAGGCUGAACAUAUAUAAGUGUCUUGGUAAAGGCUAUAGAGUGACUGAGUGGUACAGCCUUCUGCCCACGUUGAGUAUUACAGGGAUCCGGCAGCCCGUGGUGCCAGCUAACCCCUGCCUGGGGGCAGUUGCUCUCUUAUUAGAUCACUUAGCAGCCUCCUCUGCCCCCUCCACAUCAAUUUUUAGUUCAGCAAAGGACACAGAGGUCUGGGGUUAGGAAACAAAGCCCUUAUCCAUAACAUAGACUUAUAGCAUUAGUUCCCAAAAGCUUCCCAGAAUUCAGGGUCACCUGGAGCUUGGCACUGUACACACACAGUGGCUCUUCACCCUCCUAACAUGGUGCUUGGACAUGAAAUGUGUCCAGGAUCACUCAACCUUUGCCAAUCCAGCACUAGGAGUCCUUUGGCUGUGUGUCCUGGGCAAACACAGCUGUGUUUACACCUGAUAGUGGGUGUGACUUAGCCUCCCAAUAUCUGCAAACCCCCAGAGGUGGCAGGGGAGGAGGAGAAAUAACCCUUUUGGGGCUCCACAUACUAAACCCCUGGUUCAUUUUGCUGCUGUCCCUUCCCAGGGAGCAGUGGGAGGACACAGCUUUCUCUGCUGCUAAACUUGCCUCCUGCCUCCUCCCCUCCCCGCCUAGCAGCGCCCUUCCCCUCCUCAUGUGGCAUGGUGUAUUUUUGGUGGAGGAUGUAAAACUAAGCAAAUGAGGGACAUUCCUAGAGCCUCUGUUGGCUGCAGUGGUGAAACAACUCUGCGACCCUGUGUGGAGUGUGUGGCUCUGAUACAGACCUUGCCUCGCUUCUGACGAGCAAGUGCUCCAUUGCUGGUCUUGGGAGUCUUCAGGGUCCUCCUCUGCAGCGUGUCUGGAAAGAAGAAGUGAGGAGGACCUCAUGACUGUUACAGGAAGCCCUGGUUGCAGGUGCAGCACACACUCUCCCUCUCCCCACUGGAUGCUGCUUAGGGCAUCCUGACUACUAGGUUGCAGCAGUCUCUGCAUCUCUGAGAGGCCCAGGGUGGGAACUGAACUGUUUCUCUUUGGGCUGGAUUUGGUUCUGCCUCUGUUGAAUUUGCCCUUUUCAGCUACAUCUCAGCUGUGUCCCUGCUCAGUGUGCCAGGCCCAUGGUGGCGGAAGCUUGAUUCUGUGUGAUAGCAGUGGUGGGGUGGGCACGUAGAAGUAAAUGUUUCUGCUGCUGUGUCCUCCUUGGGCUACCCUGGGCCAGGAUUGACUGGGACCCCUGUCCUCUCCCUGAGAGCACUGUAGAGGCAGUGUUGGUUUUGGCAGAGACACAUUGCUCCCGUCUCUCCCUGAGGAGCAAGGGGCAGGCUCCUCCUGGUAAGCGGGGGUUCCUGCUGCCCUCAGACUUCCCCGCUGCCCUCAGACUUCCCCACUGCCCUCUACUAGGAGCCUGCAGGAGGUGCCUCCCUCACCUCUUACUUUGUCUACCUCUCAUCGGGGCUUCACACUGCAAGCAACUAUUCAUCUCCCUCCCUCAGCACUGUGUGGCAAAGGGGCAGUUCUGGGUGGUUACAGGACAGCCUCUGCUCUCUCUCCCCACCCCUGCUCCCUGGCUGCCUUCAGCAGGUUGGCUUGGAGGCUGUGCCUUCAUGUGGUUCUUUUGUCAUCAGGGUGGCACUGGGCAGCUGGCAGAGCUGGAUGAAGGCUGGCUGGGCAGAUGAGGGGUUGCAGAGCCCAACCAGGUGACAGGUAGGGGAAAGGGGGUGAGGGGCUGUGCAGUGACUCUAUCCUUGUUAUGUUGCUUCCUCAGGUGUGGUCUCUUUCAGUGGCACGAUGCCCACUUUGAGGUUACUGCCUUUCUCAAUCCUGCUGGGUGUUGUGGGGAUCCUCUGCGUGGGGCUCACAGGCUUCUGGUGCUACCACUGGCGUGGGGGCUUUGGCUGGGAUGGCACUGCCAGGAUGUUUAACUGGCACCCAGUCUUCAUGGUAAUGGGCAUGGUGGUGCUGUACGGUGCAGCGGCGCUGGUGUACCGCCUGCCUCUCUCCAGGAGGGGCUCCAAGCUGCCCUGGAAGCUGCUUCACGCAGCCCUGGCCCUGGUGGCCUUCCUCCUGGCCGUGUUGGGGCUUGUUGCUGUCUUCAGCUACCACAAAGCCCGGACCAUUGCCAACAUGUACUCGCUGCACAGCUGGGUGGGGCUGACAGCUGUUGUGCUCUUCUCUUGCCAGUGGCUUAUGGGGUUCUCCACCUUCCUGCUACCCUGGGCUCCAACCUGGCUGAGGGGCCUUUACAAGCCCAUUCAUGUCUUCUUUGGGUGCGCCAUCUUCAUGCUGGCCAUAGCAGCCUCCAUUUCUGGCAUCAAUGAGAAGCUGUUCUUUAGCCUGAACAAUGCAACAGUUCUCUAUUCCAGCCUGCCUCCUGAGGCCUGGUUUGCUAAUACCUUGGGGCUGCUGAUUGUGGUCUUAGGGUGGAUGGUGCUGUGGGCUCUUUCCAAGCCAGCCUGGAAGCACCCAGAGUUGGAUUCACCAGAGGCCCAGCAGCCUCUGCCAGAGGAAGAUAAAUGAAGCAGCCAUUUAAAGGAGGAGGGGCUGCUACUGUUGCAUCAACCCAGGGCAACUAACUCCUCACUUCAGUGGCAGCUCUGUGCCUCACUUGCUGCUGUUGGCACUGACUUGUCUGGAGCCACAGGGAAAAGGCCUUAUCUGUCCCAAAUGCCCCUGCUCUUGCUCUGCUUUGGGCUCCCACCUCUCAGCCUCCUUUGGGGUCUGGCAAGUAUCCUUGGGCUAGUUAGCCCCUCCUGCCGUUGCCUCCGGUGACAAAGGGGUCUUGGCAGACUCUGGGCACUAGAUCUUCUGGAAGGAGAGUGUUGAGUCUACCAUGUUUUUUCCCUGAGGUGGUUGGAUGGAUAGCAAGCCAGUGCUAGGUUCUUGGCUGCCACAGCCUGGGUGACCCUGCAGCAGCAACAGUCUGCUCUCAACUGACCAGCUUCCCUUACAUGCUGCUACCCAUGUCCCCAGCUCCCUCGCCUGGGCUUCUCCCUGUGAAAUUCUGGGAGAGUUGCUUCUGUGAUUGAAGGAAACUCUGUCUUGACCACUUCUCACCCCACCUCCAGCCGGACAGUGCUACAGGGCAAACCUCUGGGGCACUGGCAGAGCAUCCUGGACAUUGGCCAAGAAUCCUGGCCUCUGCUUUCCAAGCUGAGCUGCUUCCGGUCUCCUACAUCCUUGUUAUCAGUCUCUGUCCUCUAGGUUGGAUAUAACCAUAUGUGGAAGUGAAGGCUUCUUGAACCAAACAGACCUGGAAUGAGUUGGAUGGGGGGCAAUGACUGCCAUUCUUCCCUUCUCCCCCCAGCUGCUACCACUUCCCUCCCAGGCCUCACUCCACAAGGUCAGCCUCUGAGCUCUGUCCCAGCUUGCUGCGGGGGAGGCACCUUUGUGGCAGGAAGCGGCUGCUGAGCCACCUCAGAAAAGGAAGUUGUGGGUCUGUAUACACAGCUGGCUGCAAUGGGCAGGCAGCCUGAUGGCAGUCACCCUGAAGUCUGUGCUGCACAGCUGGGGGCACUGGAGAGUCUGGCUGGGGCUAGAUCACAGUUCCUGUAACCCCCAUGUCCUGUUCCCCAGCUUUCAGCCCUCUUGUGCCAAGCACUUUCCCUCUGCCUUCCCCUCCCACCCUGGCCCUACUGCUGUCAUGCCAGCAAUCUCCAAGCUCUCAGCCCUGUGAGGAUGAAUAGAGGUGUUUUCCUGCUGGACUUGUUCCACACCAGCUGUUCAUGCUCCCCUCCUCCCCCCUCAGUUCCCUCACCAAAGUGCUGCUGUCAUUGUGAAAUCCUGUGUGGGGACAAACCAGGCCUUGUGGCUCUGAGCUCAUGACUUAGGCUGCACCACACUUUGGCCCAGCCCUUCCUCUUUGCCAUGCCUACUCUUUCUCAGGUCCCUACUUUAGCUGGCCUCUGUCCAGCUGUAGAGGCAGUGGGGAAGAAAGCCAAGACUUCCCUGUCACUGCCCAGGCCUGCUUCCCAGGCUUGCGGGCUGGAGGAUGGUUCUCUCCCCAGUCAGCGUGUUCUGCCUGAGGAUUAUAAGUAAAUGUGAUACUUUAUCCAGUCACUCCAGCUUUUGGGGGCUUCUGGUGUCUUGCAGGCAUUGGCCAUGGGUAUUAGGAAAGAGUUAGAGUAGACUGGAAAUCAGCUGAACAGCAAUAGGGUAGUGAAAUUGGACUCAUAGUUUCCAUGCGUUUGGUGGUGGCACCUGUCGCAAGCUCUUAAGGAAGUCCAGCAGUAUGGGAGCUGGGAGCCAGACUGUCUGUUUCAGGCACUGGACAGAUUGGGGCUUAUCAUGCAGGGAGUCUGUAGUAGAUCAGGUGAAUGUAUUAUUGUUCACCUAGUUGAGGCUCAGGUAGCAGUUCCCUCUUCCCUACCCCCCCAGUGGCAGGGAGGGGUCUGUCCCUUCUCUGGGGUGCUGGAUGAGGAGCAUGGUGGGCUCCGAUGUGUGUGUGCACAUUUCCCUGUAAUUCAUUGUUCUGGAAUGGGCUAUGGGUUGGCAGCUCCUUGGCCUUUCCAGCCCUCUGCAGCUGUGGCUAAAGGUUCCCCUUCUUGGAAAGCUUGCUCCUGCCCCUGCAGAGGGUGGGAGGUGCCUGGGGAGAAUCUGCAGGGAGAGGCAGCAGUGGGAGAGGAGUGAAAUGCCAAGCCAAGAGCAAAUAUGGCUUAAGCUAACAGCAAAGGGAGGAACCUGGGACUUAGCUAGAGGUGGGAGCACUCCAGGACUAGAUGGAAAAUGAAAUGCAUUCAUCAAACAGCAGCAGCUUGAUCCUGAUGCCAGGGGGUAUGCCAGUAGCUGGAGGCUUAAGCAAUAUUUGCAGAGGUGCAAUUAGCCUCUGAGCCAUAGCUGGUGGAAAUGCCAAGUUUCUGUUUCCCAGGGAAAAUCCCAAGAUUUCAGCAUUUUUGUCCCAAAUUGGGACAAAAAUAUGACCUCAGAAUCAUAUUUUCAUCCAAUGAAAUGUUGGGGACACAUCUUCUUUUGACCUUGCUGCACUGUUCUGUUUCAACUCUUGGGCAAUAUUAAAUAAUAAAUGUAAAUUUAGUAAA